AUGGCAUUGGCAGCCCAGCAGGAACAGCAGAACCCACCGCCGCAGCAACAGCAGCCGCCGCCGCAGCAGCCGCAGCAGCAGCAGCAGCAGCAGCAGACGCAGCAACUUCAACGUCAGCAGCAAGAAGCGGCAGCUGGGGCCGCAGCCGUGGCGGGUUCGGCGGUCGGCGGGGAUGAGGCACGGCUGGCCGACGGCAUGGCUGGUUUAUCCGUGGAGGGCCUCGGUGGGUCGUCUGCGGUGGCCGGGGGGGACAACCUGGGUGCCGGUGCGGCGUCGGGGGCGCCGGGUGCGUUGCAGCUUGUGAUGUCGCAGCAAGAUAACGAGAAUCUCGUUGCGAAAGUAUCGGCUUUGGAGCAAUCCCUGCAGCAGUUGCUGAACAACCAAGGUGGGGGCGCCGGUUCGCACGUGGUCGGCCCGCACGCUGCUGAUGGGGCGGGAGCCGCGGCGGCGGUCGGUGCGGGUCUUGGUGCAGCUGCUGCUCCGGGGUCGGACGCUGAUCGCCAGCGUCGCUUCGCAAAAGCGGAAUUCGAGAGUACUGCUUCCGCUUGGCGUGCGGGACGUUUGAUGUGGGCGCUGCGUGGUAAGCGGGGAAUUGACGUUCCCAACAAAGAGACCCUGCAAACGAUGAUGGGGGGGACCGUUACCGGCACCGACAAGACUUUGCAGCAGCUUCGUACCAUGUCCGGACUGAACGUCCUCGACUUCUUUCCCGUUGGAAAUUCUGGUGAGCUGUCAGUCCCGGACCACUUCGAUUUGACCUGUGCUGCGAUCGUUAACGUGUUGAAAUCUGGUCUCGCUGCCACCUCCGCGGACAACGCUGCAGCUCUGGCGCGCUUGCUGCCCAUGGAGCAGGCCAUGCUUUCGGCGCGGGGUACGCUGCGCAUGCAAGCCCUCCGUCAUGUGGGUGACUUUCCGGGGAGGGGGUCGCGGGGGACCUUCGCCGACCUCCCCAACGAUGACUUUCGUGAAUGGGCAAAUGCGGUAAUGUUGUGGAUGUUACCGAUUCAGAAUUUGCCGGUGCCGCCGGAGUCUUUCGAGCGCUUUAACCCCCCGCCGGUUCCUCGGUUCGACGGCAUCAAUGGCUUCUCCAUGUCCGGGAGCAUUGCGCUACGGAUGUUCGGGACUGUGGGUGGUGGAGGUUCUUCUGGAUCGAGUGGGGGUAAGAGACGGCGGGGGGACUCCCGCUCCGCGGGUGGGGACUCCAAACGCCGGUCGAAAGUGUGUUUCGAAUAUCGCGACUCCCAAACAUGCAGGUGGGGCGACUCCUGCGUGUUCCGCCAUGCGACUGGGGGCGGCAAGGGUGGCGGCGGCGGUGGGGGUCGCGCUUCGGGUGGAGGGGGAGCCUCGGGCGCCGCGACCGAUGGCGGAAGCGGCUCCUCGGCGUUGGUCGUUCGCCGGGGAGAUGGCAGCAACUGAGGACACGGGCUCUGCCUUUCGG